UUAGCUCAACUAUAUACGUAUUGUAUGAUAUGAUAAGUGAUGAUUUCAUGCAAUCAAAUCAAUUAGUUGUCAAAAAAACGCUAUUUUAUUUAACACUUAAAUUAUUAGAAACUUCAUUUUCUUUGAGCAGCCGUAUAAAAAUAGUUAUUUUACAAAGGCCUAUAGCCUAGUUAAGGUACGACCGCUCCAGUGUGUACUAUUGCACAAACACCAAAUCACAUUAUUGGCCAGAUAUAUAGAGGUAAAACAUAGCGUGGUAGUUGCGCUAUGUGCGGCCGCGCCGCCGUGCAUACCGAAUCAUAAGAUCAAAGCACGCAUACUUUACCUACUCAGAUACAAAUACCCACACGAACAAGGCAUCAUCACGUCUUGCGGUGUCCCUGUGUUGGUGCAAUAAUGCACACAUGCAAAGACGAGGGGCUACACUAUUAAAAGUAUAAUAAAAGUUACCAAGACACAAACGCAGCGUACGGUACUAUUUGUUUGGAGGGAGGUUGAAGGCACUCAUACAAGCGAGGGAGAGGCUGUGUUGGCGCGGGCAGGGGCCGCCAGUUUACCGUUGUGAGGCGCGUCGUGCGGCCGGACGCAGGACCGCCACAGUCGUGCGCCGCCGGCACCCCGACCCGGAGACCCGGCCACUCAUACAGCCGCUGCCCUGCAGAACCACCCUGGACCUCGAGGACUUGUAACCAACCCCCCACUGCACUCUUUGUGUCAAUAGACUUAUAUAUUUUGGGGUCCGGUUGUCUACAGUAGAGACGAAGUGUUAUGAACUCGUGCUGAUGUCACUGGAGUGUUAACCCGAAUUUAGAUUGUGGCUUGGAUCGUUUUGACCGUCAAGUUAAGUUACGAGCGUCGUGGUAACAAUCAGUCUCGCGUACAGCCGUACAUUGUGACCGCUAAGACGCUAGGCAAAGAUUAAACCACGCCUUCGCACGAAAUACUGGAAUCAUGGCAAAUACUACCGAGCUCUUCACUGCUACCCCUGAGAGCCGUGUGAACUGAGUCGUUGCUAGGCAAGGCUUAGGCUGGGGUAAAUAAUGGGAAAAAGGAAUGUACGGAUCAAGUUCGCACACUCCAUUGGUCCACCCAUUACUUUGAGCAAGUUGGACAAGCUCGAGUAGCCGCGCGCCGCUCCCGAACCGCACACUGCACUUUCAGUUACCGACGCACUAGCGACUGCCAAUAAAGUACAAGUCAUACCUGGUUAGAAUUCACAUACAUAUUUAAAAGUAGAUUUAUUUAUUGUAGUACAAAGACAAACCUGAACAAUCAAGGUGUUAUACAUGCAACAAACCUGUGAACAGACGACUGCCGAGUCGUCUCCCUCGGUUACAGUAAUCGAAUCGGUAGUCAUGACGGCCACUGCCCCAGAAUUGUCAAAAUCAGAUUUUUUUGACUUCGUGACAUCGAACGAAGUUACAGACGCCCAGUAUAAACAACAGAUGCGUUCGGUGAACGUGUUUAUGGAAUCACCCGACUCGCGCUCUAACCCUUUGCUGUCGGAGGAACCCAAGGAACAGAACAACAAUAGCCUGCUCACGGUGACGAAUGCGCCAUCACCAGCGCCCGCAGCUGCCAUGCCGGCCGCCUCCACCGCGCUGCAGAGCUUCGACUCCAUCUGGAAUGUAGAUCGAGACCGGGACCGCCUGGAGACCGCGAUGCUAGAGGAUCUCAAUAAAUACUACUGGAACCAGGACAGCGAAAUCAACAGCGCGCACCCAUGUACUGACACCGCUAUUUCUAAUAAACUCAUCAGUAACAAUACGGAUGGACAAAUAUACACUCUAACAGUACUCAACCAAGAUAUACAUGAAUCGAGUACCAACAGGUAUUGGACCAAGGAAGAAGACGUUUCUAUGUCCAGCCCUACCGAUAUAGAUAAUAACUCCUCCUUAGAUCUUGAAUCCAUACUAAAUAUGAACGGAUUUCCAAAUGAUUUCAAUCAAGAUUCCUUGAGUUCUAAUGUGCUUCCGAAAGUUGAAAGCUAUAGCUACGACGAAAGUGAAACAGAAAGUCAGAAUCCAGAUUUAGGCUCAAGUGAUCUAGUUAAAGUGGAACCCUUUAGUUAUGAAGACAACGAUUUUCAGUCUAACGAUAAAAGGGAUGACUCUCGUAGUUCUGUAAUUGGCACACCUCUAUUAGAAAGUUCUGUCGAAUUUAACAAUAAUAACAAUGACUGGAAGCUAACCGAUCAAAAUACCGACACAAAUGAAUCUCUAUUAAGAAGUGCAUUACAGGGAAAAGCUUUCAUUAGAUAUAGUACGGUACAAAAGAAACUGGACGCAACAACAGAAUUGAAAAGAGUUAUAAUUAACAACAAUAAUAAAUCCGAUGUUCCUUCCAUGUACCACGACAGCAAAGAAGGCGACACUGAGCUGUUGAUCCACACACCAACAGGGAAUGUCAAUAUUUCCAUUUUACUAGAAGAUCCUAAUACGACAGUGAUCACGAACGGUGACAACCCAACGUCGACGCAAAGUGUGGAUGACAUUAUAUUAUCACAACUGGAUGCCAAUUACCCAGAAGACUAUGAAAAGCUGAAGAGGAUAGCAACUGAGCUAGGCGAGUCUGUGCAGCCGUUCUGCACGGUAGAGCCUCUAGAACCGGCGCGUGGCGUAUAUAACAUCCACCACGUCAACGGCGAUAUUGUGACCAUGAUCCCCGCGGGCGAGGUGCAGCUACCGCACAUGCAGCUGGUAACGGCUUCGCCCGCCGUCACCAGCACCAAGACAGUCAGCAAAAAGUAUAAGCGGAUCGCAAACAAGAGCUCACCGCCUGUGGCACAGCCGCAAACAGGUACGGCCAUCCAGCCCGCCACAUCAACUUCCAACGGCGUGCGCAAAGAGCGCUCGUUGCACUACUGCUCCAUCUGCUCAAAGGGCUUCAAGGACAAAUACUCUGUGAAUGUGCACGUGCGCACGCACACGGGCGAGAAGCCCUUCUCGUGCUCGCUGUGUGGCAAGAGCUUCCGUCAGAAAGCGCAUCUUGCAAAGCACUACCAGACACACAUCGCGCAGAAGAGUGCCGCGGCUAACGGCCAGCCAAAGCCCGCGAAGCAGCGGUAACCGCCCUCAUAUUAUUGCUACACUAAUCGUACAUUGAUCUUUUACAUUAAUAGUCAAUAGAACUUUGUCACAGUGAUAACAAUAGUAUUUUUAAGCAAAUACUUAAAGGCUGAAACAUCACAGAUGAAUUUGGUAAGGUGCUAAAGUAAAGUAGUAAUUACCUAUCUCAAAGAAUGGCAGUUAUAAAAUAUUGAAGAAAUAUGAAGGAAGUCCGCAGCCUUCAUUUUUGUUAAUUUGUAUGUAUUUCCGUCCGUUACCGAACACACGUCUAGCUUUAGCUAAGGACAGGUACUAUUAAGUUUAAUUAUGAGAUUAUCAUAAAAUCUAAGUACAUUCCGUAUUUAUUAGUCAUAUAGCUACAUUUAUUUUAAUGUAACGUUAAAGUCAUACAUAGUCGUGUAUGUUUGUAAUUUUUGCACACAGUUUGGUUCCUGAUGAUUCAAGGAUAGUCGUUUUCUUUUUGAAUUAACCAUCCUCACUAGCUUAAUAGGUAAGAGGCAAAAGUGUCUGACGAUCGUACUAGGAUGACUGCACGGCGCCGAGUCGCGCGGUAAUUUCUCUCUCAUCGUGAGACCAACUAAACUUUCUAAAAAAAAAACAGAGCAAAAGAUUGAGCGAAAUAGCUGAGUACCAUCUUUCACUGCUCGACUAUCGUAUCUCAAUCUCAUCGCUGUCCUUUCAGUUAGGUGGGCGAUGUUAUUUUUUGAAUAGGUAGGUAUGUACUAAAACAAAGUAAAAAACAUUCGCUAUUGUAUAAAUUUAUAUUAAGCAUCUUUAAGAAGCGGAAAUAGUUUAUUGAUUUAAAAAUGUGUUAGUUAAUUCCACUACCCAAGGCUAAAUAAGUAAAUACUGUCACGAUUAAAGUUUCUAUCUAAACAAUAUCAUAUUGCAAUUGAAGUUUUAAAUAGCUAGUUUUAAUUGCUAUGUAUACAUAUAUGGUUGCGUACAUGAUUAGAUCUAGAUUGAUAGAAAAUCGAAACAAAAAUUUGACAUUACGGGCCACUCACCUCUAAAUCAAUUGUCCAUUUUUAAUAAGUUUGCGCGGGGCAACUAGUUUCAUGAUCUUGCAAGUGAAGUUAAAAGCACUAUUAUAUAGGUAGUCAUAUAUUCGUUAUCAUUAUCUAUUUCAGAUCGUUUCAAAAAACAUAAUAAGCACAUUGUUAUUUAAUACAUAUGUCAGAGCGCCCUAAUGGCGGAUACUGCGACGGCCGGUUAUUUGAGCGUUGCUAUCGGACGCCACUCGCUCGAUCGGGCUCUCAUUCCCAAUUACAUCUUUCACCUCUUACUGGGAGAGGCCUGAUUACUCCCAGAUUGCUAUAAAUUUGAACAACAAGCGGUAUUUCAUUGUCGGUCUUUAAAAUUGUGCUCCCUUUCUCGAGUAAUAAAUUGGCCUUCCUUUCUUUGUUAAGGUCUAUACUGUUUCAUUCCAUUCCGCAGACUAUGUUUAUCUCGUAAAUAUAUGUUUAACUCUUAUAGUGUUGUACAAAUACCUCAUUAGGAGCGGCAGUCAAAGUUUAAAACUCUCAAGCAUCUCACUCGCAAGUGUACAAGAGAGUUGCAGGCGAGUGACGUGAAAAUGAAACCAUAUUGACAUAGAUUUGUUAGUUCAAAUGGACCUACUGCUCUGUAAGAAAGACUGUAAGAGGUUCAAAUAACAGGCUGUUAUAGUACAUUACGAUUCAAGUGCGAAAAAUAGGAAAUUUGAAACGAGUGGCGAUAAAUUAAAACACGACCGAAGGGAGUGUUUUUAAUCGACACGAGAUGCGAAAUACCUAUUCGCACAUGUAUCGUACAACAUUUUACAGUGCAUAUAGCCCUUUAAAUUUUCGACAUAGUUACGUAAUGUGCUAAUUAUCGCACUCGUGCGGUAAAGUAGCGCUAUGUGUAUUGUAAAAUUAAUAAAACACAGUUAUAGGUAUGUAUGAUUUAAUAUUGAAUGUUGUAGAGCAAUUCCAGUUCUUAAUUACACUUUCACUGUUUUACAAAUUUAGAUCUAAUAGAGCUUUCUAAAGCUACUUUUAACAAAACUGUUUUAAAAUUAUAUACUUAUCUAAAAUCACAGGUGGAUUUUGUGUUCGUUAAUAGAUUAGUCAGCGUUUUUGGGAAAGCGCAAAUAGUUUUUUGUUCAGUAACCACAACAGGAAAUGGGUCUCUUUUUAAUAAAAUUAAGAAUGACGCAGCAUUGCUUGGGCCAUCUAAUCAGCUGGUUAGGGCCCACGAGCACGUAUUAUAAGUUAAAUUUCUAAACGUCUAUUGCUACAGAUCGAAUAUUGUCUAGGGUCAAGGAAAUAGUUCAGUGACUAUUAAUAUAAUCCACUGACAUUCAGAUUCUUAUUCUUUUAAGAGUCUCAAGAACUUAGCCGGCUGUCUAUACAAUUUAAAUUACGCUCUUAUUUAAACCGAUAUGCUGAGAUAACAUGAAACUUAGCAAGAACUUUAAAGUAACAUAUUAGGCUUCUGGCUAAAGUUGUCGUUCCUAUAAAUUAUAAUAUUUAUAAUACCUACAAAGAAAAUAGAGUAAGUAGAAGUUGUGGGACUUGUCCUCCCUCUUAAGCGCUUGUGCUUCUCAACUAAUCGCUGUCUCCCGUCCCGACGACCCAUUAAAGUCCGCGGUCCUGUUCAAUUGGGCUUGCAAUGAGCCAAAUAUUUCUUUUUUCAUCACACUUGCUCGAAAAAGAUCUUAUUUCAUGCAGGUGUGCUGAAGGACAAAGGCCUAUUUCGUUCCCGCGGUAGUUAUGGUAUCUGAAAAAAAAGUUCCUAACUAACUAAGUUAACUCCCUAGGGAUUUAUUGCUUUUUCUUAAAUUAUGUCGCUUAUUCAUACAAACCAAGUAGCAUAAAUGAGUUUUACUUUUAAAAAACUGACGUUUAUAAUUUAAUAUCCUUGUUUAUGUUUAAAAUUAUUUAAUUUGAUUAAUACGACCGGUUUGGUCUAGUGGGUAGGGACCCUGCCUACGAAGCUGAUGGUCCCGGGUUCAAAUCCUGGUAAGGGCAUUUGUUCGUGUGAUGAGCAUGGAUAUUUGUUCCUGAGUCAUGGGUGUUUUCUAUGUAUUUAAGUAUUUAUACACAUAUAUAUUAUAUAUAUCGUUGUCUAAGUACCCUCAACACAAGCCUUAUUGAGCUUACUGUGGGACUUAGUUAAUUUGUGUAAUAAUGUCCUAUAAAUAUUUAUUAAUUUAACAGCCGUUAAAAUAAUUUUCAAUCGUGGCUGAAUGCCGAAUAGGUGUGUGCCUUCGAUGCCUCACCUGCCAAUAAAUUACAUAAUGGCGGAGGAAUGUUUGAUAUGUCACCGUAUUUAAUUACCACCCUCGUAUCCAAAAUCUCACUUACCCCCCUCGUUGCACAAUGUACUAUUACCUGUGUUCAAGAUAUUUCAGGAACCAAUCUGCAUGCAAGGAUAUUUUACUCAUUUCAUCUUGCCAAUAAAGAGUAAUACAUAUUAUGUAUGACGUAACGUGUUGAGUAUUAUUAAAUGAUCAAACACUGCCUGUAAAUGCUCCUGUAUAAACGAAUGAGUCUGUCUACAAUAAAAAAAUCUAGUUAAUUUAUGCUUCUUUUAGAUGAUUUUCGACUUAAUAAUAUUAUUUGUUUGUAGUUUUAUGAAGCCUGAUGGGAUGCCUUUGAGAAUACUCAUUUUGUGUAUAUAUUUAAAAGAAAAUAAUAAAAGCAAAAACCUUAAUUGCGUCAUAAAAAUUACUCUACCUACCACUUUGUAUCUCAUUAGAUGGUAUUUUGAAAGUUAGCGAAUUUAUAGAUGAUUAGGUAAGUGGUUAGACACAUUGAGAGAUUUACCAAUAUAUUUUAAGAAGCUAUUGCUACCUUAUUAAAUUAUGCGAGUGCAUAAAUGGUUGUUAAUAUAUUCCUGUAAUAUAUUAAACUAUGUUCGUUUUGAGACUUAUUUCGAAAAGGCGAUUUUGAUGAUAUGAUUUAUUUUAUUGCAUUUGUUCCUGAGUUGAAUUUUAGAUUUUAUUAAUAAUUAAUUAAGUCAUUAUUAUUUAUAAGAUGUUUAUGUAUAAGUAAAUCGUGCAUGAGUAUUUUAAUGUUUAUGUAGUAGAUAUGAGCGUAGUUUUAGGGGCGUUGUGGAUGAAAAUAGUAAUAGAUAUAGUAAGCAUACGGAUAAUGGUACAGACCGGCGUACUGUAAAUAUAAUGUAACGAAAUAAUAAUUUAUUUGGAAACCGGCUGUCUGGCCAUUCGCGACACGCCGCUCGCACCCGCGAGGGCAACCUUGUCCACUUCACCCUUAAACAGAAACCGUCCUGGAAACUACCUUACCUUGAUUAUUUAUUUACAAUUAUUGUUAAGAUGACACAUGAAACACAAAAUCGUAUUUGUAUUUUGAUUAACCCCGAGCUGUGAUUUUUGCUUAUUUUGUAUAAUCUUUAGAAUCAGUGAUAAUAUGUCAGAGGUGUCGAGUCUGACUCGGAUCACUGAGGUCUUCCAAGCUCUAAGCUGUCGGCUGACAUCCGCCAGCUUGCGUAUCGACUAUUAUACAACAAAGGUCAAAAUAUAUCAUUGUACCUACUUACCAUAUUUUUACAAGAUUUUCAGAUUCGUAUUGGAUUUCAUAAUUUUUUACUUUCCUACGUUAGUUUUCUAAUAAAAUGUUUUUAAAAUA